AGCAUGUUAGAGGCCAGCUGACAGAGCAGAGGCAUGGAGAGACUAGAGAGAGCUCUGUUUCGUCUGGAACAAGGCUAUGAGCUGCAGUUCCGUCUUGGUCCUACCCUCCAGGGUAAGGAAGUCCAGGUAUACACCAACUACCCUGCAAAAGGCCACAAGUUUGAUCGGCUAAAGUUUUGUCCUUUGGACUGGUUCUACCCAAACGGAUGUGAGGAUGACUGUGAUAAAUACUGCAGACUGGACUUAAUUGUGGCUGGAUCCUACCAGUACUACUUCUCCUGUGGGGAUAAAGAGAAAGUGAGUGGUGGUUACAUUGUAGUUGAUCCAGUGCUGAGGGUGGGAGCCAACAAUGACAUCCUUCCACUGGACAGCAUCAGCAGUCAAACAUACGUGGCCAAGUGCCUUGGCCCACUGGACAAAUGGAUUGACAGGGUCAGGGUCGCAAAGGAGACUGGCUACAACAUGAUCCACUUCACCCCGCUACAGAAGCUUGGUGUAUCUGGCUUUUGCUACUCCAUGGCUGAUCAGCUGAUGUUAAACCCUGACUUCUCACCUGAGGGGAAGCACUAUACCUGGGGAGACAUUGGUAAUCUCGUGGAGACAUUGAGGAAAGACUGGAACAUGCUCUGUAUCACCGAUGUGGUCUAUAAUCACACAGCUGUUAGCAGUGAGUGGAUUCAUCUCCAUCCUGAGUGUGGUUACAACCUGGUAAACUCUCCUUAUCUGAAACCAGCUUGGCUUCUAGACAGAGCUCUGUGGCACCUCAGUUGUGAGGUGGCUGAUGGAAAAUAUGCUGAACGAGGAGUACCAGCACUCUUUCAAGAUGAAGGGAACAUGAAUGCUCUCCGGGUCAUUUUGUGGCAAGAGGUAUUCUCCAGGCUAAGGCUGUGGGAGUUCCUGCAGGUCAGUGUGGAUGAAGCUACGGAGCAGUUCAGACAGCUGCUGCAGGCUGGUAGUUUAGGUAUCAGUUCCACGUCUAGUCCAGAGUGUAAGAAGCAGCUGAAGAUAGUGCAGGACCCUCGGCACCGACGCUUUGGAAACACGGUGGACAUGAACUCUGCCUUUGAUAUUUUCACACCUCACAGUAUGAGCCCAUCAGACGUCCAGGAGUGUUGUCUCUGUUUCAGAAAGAGACUGGAGGAGCUUAACUUGGAAUUGUAUAAAGAGAUGAACCACCACGCAGAGCAGGCGACUAACUGCAUUGUAGGAAAUGUAGUUUAUGAGCGUAUUUCUGAUCAGGGGCCUAAUCUGGGUCCAGUCUCAAGGAAGUACCCUCUCUGUACGAGGUAUUUCAUCUUCCCUUUUAAAGAGAUGACCUUUGAUGAAGAAAUGCAGCUGAUGGAGCAGAAAGAGAAGGCGUGUCACUUCCUGGCCCAUGAUGGCUUAGUGAAAGGAAAUGACCCGCUCAGAAACUUUGCUGAACCAGGCUCACAGGUCUACUUGCGGAGAGAACUGGUCUGUCAGAGUGACACUAUCAAGCUUUGUUACGGAGAGAAACCGGAGGACUGUCCUUACCUGUGGGCUCAUAUGAAGACAUACACAGAGAUUACAGCUACGGUCUUCUCUGGUGUAUGCAUGGUCAACUGCCUGUCCACCCCUCUGCAUGUGUCUGAGGUGAUGCUUGCAGCAGCCAGAUCCAUCAAGCCUAACCUCUAUGUGAUAGCGGAUAUCUGUACCGGCAGUCAGCUCUUUGACAAUGUCUUUGUAAACCGCCUGGGAAUUACCAGUUUGGUGCGAGAUACUGUGGAUACCGCAGAGAGUCAGGAGGAGGGGGGCUGUCAGUCCUUGUUUGGCAGGGAGCCUGUAGGAGCCUUCGUCCAGCCCAGCCUUCGGCCUUUGAUCCCAGCUGUCACUCGCAUGAUGUUCAUGGACUCGCAUGAUGUUUAUGGCCCCAACAAUCAAAGUCCCAACCAGAAGAGUUCAGUGUACGACUUCUUGCCUAGAUCUACACUGGUUUCUAUGGCCUGCUGUGCUACAGGCAGCACCAGAGGAUUUGAUGAGCUGCUUCCUCAUCAGAUCUCAGUGUUGAGGGAGGGUCAUCAGUACACUUGCUGGAACUCUGAUGCCCAAACAUCUGACCAGGUCAACCUGCAGACUGGGAUCCUGGCUGGGAAGCUGGCACUGAACAGGCUUCACCAAGAGCUGGCUGCUGAGGGCUUUACUCAGGUGUAUGUGGAGCAGCUGGGUGAGGGCGUGGUUACAGUGACCAGACACUGUCCCAGCAGCCACCAGUCUGUGGUGGCUGUGCUGCGAAGGGCGAUCAAGAAUCCAGAGACAAACCAUUUUACAGAUGAUGUUCCACCUUUGUUCAUACCAGGUUGUAUUAAAGAGGUGGUAUUGGAGGCUCUGACCAUUGUGAGGAGCACCAACUCCAACAAAAUAGAUGACAAAAACCUCAGUGGCCUGCCAGAGUGCACUGUAGAGAUCAAAGAACACAUCCAGCUGAAGGACAGUAAGGUGGUGAAAAAGGCAGACAUGGUUUCAAAACACAACAGUGUUGUUCAGGAGAUAGUGUUUGAGAAGUUUACACCAGGCUGCAUCAUCAUCUUCAGGGUGACUCUGGAGCCCGGGUCCCAGGAGCAGCUGGGGGCUCUGAGACGCCACCUGAUCCAAUUUAGUCCUCAGUACCAGACUGGCUCCAUGGCUGAACACAGUACACCAUCUAUUCUCACCAAUCCCUUGAUGAUCAUCAUGUCCAAGCUGACCCUGGCUGAAAUGAAUGUGCUGCUGUACCGCUGUGAUGCCGAGGAGAGAGAGGAUGGGGGAGGAUGCUACAACAUUCCUUCAUGGUUACCUCUCAACUAUGGGGGUUUGCAAGGGCUGAUGUCUGUGAUGUCAGAGAUUCGUCCAAAGAAUGAUCUUGGUCAUCCGCUCUGUGAUAACCUGAGGCAGGGAGACUGGAUGAUGGACUAUGUUUCCAACAGACUUUUAGCCAAGGGUGGAGCUAUCGGAGAGGUGGGCCACUGGUUCCAGGCCAUGUUUGGCUACCUGAAGCACAUCCCCCGCUACCUUGUGCCUUGCUACUUUGACUCCAUUAUUCAAGGAGCCUACACCACCGCUCUAGAGGCUGUUUUCAAACGCAUGUCAAGCUUUGUGCAGAAUGGUUCCAGCCUGGUUAAACAGCUGUCGCUGGGUUCCGUGCAGAUGUGUGGUGUAGAUCACAGUUGGGCGCUGCCCACAAUCUCUCCUCAACUUAAAGACGUCCCAUUCCACCUUAGUGAAGUCACUAACCAGGAGGAACAGUGCUGUGAGUCACUCGCAGCAGGUCUUCCUCACUUUUGUGCUGGGGUAUUCCGUUGUUGGGGCCGUGACACCUUCAUUUCCCUGAGAGGCCUGCUGUUGCUGACUGGCAGACACCUGGAGGCUCGGACCAUCAUCCUGGCAUGUGCAGGCACAUUGCAUCACGGCCUGAUCCCCAACCUGCUGGGCCAGGGCUGCAGUGGGCGCUACAAUUCCAGGGAUGCUGUGUGGUGGUGGCUGCAGUGUAUCCAGGAGUACUGCACACUAGUACCAGACGGUGUCUCUAUCCUCAGGUGUGCCGUCCAAAGGAUGUACACCACCAACGUAUCUGAGCCUCAGCCUUCUGGAGCCCGGGAACAGCCGCUGUAUGAUGUUAUCCAGGAGGUCAUGCAGCAACAUAUGCAUGGCAUCCAGUUCAGAGAGACCAACGCUGGGCCACAAUUGGAUAGCAAUAUGAGUGAUGAAGGAUUUAAUGUGGAGGCCGGAGUGGACCAGUCCACUGGCUUCAUCUAUGGAGGAAAUCGCUUCAACUGUGGAACUUGGAUGGACAAGAUGGGUGAGAGUGAGAAGGCGCACAACAAGGGAAUACCUGCUACUCCCAGGGAUGGCUCUGCAGUGGAGAUAGUGGGCCUGUGUAAAUCAACUGUACGAUGGCUUGUGAAACUACACAACAGUGGGCACUUCCCCUAUGCAGCAGUCAACAUACGCAGAGAAGGACAGACAUCUUCUGUGUCAUAUGUGAAGUGGGAUCUGAAGAUCCAAGAGAACUUUGAGAAGAAGUUCUACAUAUCCCAUGAUCGCCAGGACUCUGAAGGGAAACAACCCGAGCUGGUCCACAAAAAAGGCAUCUACAAGGACAGUUUUCGGUCUUCCAGCCCCUGGUGUGACUACCAGCUACGGACUAACUUCCCUAUUGCCAUGACGGUUGCGCCUGAGCUGUUCACUGUGGAGAAAGCCUGGGGGGCUCUGGGUGUAGCUGAGAAUAAGUUACUGGGGCUUUUGGGAAUGAAGACACUGGACCCUGAUGACAUGGUGUACUGUGGAGUCUACAACAAUAACCUGGAUAAUGAUAACUUCAAUCAAGCUAAGGGCUUCAACUAUCAUCAAGGCCCAGAAUGGUUGUGGCCCGUCGGCUACUUCCUGCGUGCCAAACUUUACUUUGCCAAGAAAAUGGGAAAGGAGACGUAUGACAAAACUGUUAACCUGGUGAAAAACAUUCUCUCUCGUCACUCCGUACAUUUGGAGAGGUCACCUUGGAAGGGUCUCCCUGGGCUGACCAAUGAGAAUGGCCAGCACUGCCAGUUCAGCUGUGAAAGCCAAGCCUCAUCCAUGGCUACCAUCCUGGAGGUUCUGUAUGACCUUUGACCCAAACAACACAAUCAACAGUGGUCAGUCUCCUGCUGACCUUACAAUGGUCCCUGUCCGGAAUUAAACCAGCUACCAUUUUUGUAAAACAUGUGUACUGUAACUAUAACACCAAAGUUGAUAUACAAUUCUUGUUGUUCUUGGGUGCGCGGAAUGACACCAAAUAUGCUAAGCCUCAGAACAUAUAGAUGGUUGUUCCACAUGGAGCAGAACUGGCUCAGAGCGCUUUGUCAUAGAUUCUCCAUGUGUGUGGAAUUCUACUGGAGGGACAAACGGUAUUCUUCCAAAAGGUAUUCCUUCAUUUUAUUUUAGCUGCAGAAAGCUAUGUAGCAUAAUCUCCCAUAGGUGUUCAGAUGGGUUGAGAUCUAGUGACUGAAAGCCAUACUAUAUUAUUCACAUCAUUUUAUUAUACUCAUCAAACCAUUCAGUGACCCCUCAUUGCCUGUGUUGAAGCAUGUUACAUUUUUCCAGCCAUUUUGUUAGGUUAUUCCUUUAUUUUGUUACCUGUUGACAACGUUUUUUUCAUUUAUCCAACGUUUGCAACGUUAGAUAAAUGCUUGAAAUGUAAAUGCUAAAGAACAGUGUGCCAAGAUCCUCUACAAAUCUGGCCAAAGUAUUAUCAGAGUGGUUACUGUGAUUAGGGUCUUACAGUUCUGUUGGACGAUUAAUUAUCAAACAUGUCAGGGUUCAUUAGUGUGCAUCUUUUACGGGAGAGGGAGUCACUAUCUGGUGGAGUGAUAGAAAUUCAAAUGUACAAACGCAUGGUUCUUCAUGGCUGGUUAUGGGACUUUUGAUACCUGAAAGUUGAGCCUCUAACAGGAAGAGAGGGAGUAUUUGGUCGUAUUUGAAAAUGGGGUAUGGAACUGAACACAUUCAACAUUUUAUUUAGUGUAAUGAA